AUAAGAUGGCGCUGUGAUCGACGUCAUUAUCCGCCAUCUUGUUGCUGAUUCAGAACAUAAUCGCUGAUACGAUUCAAAGAAAAUUUUACAGUGAUGGCGGCGGGCCCUUACAACUACUCCUAUAUAUUUAAAUAUAUCAUUAUAGGAGACAUGGGUGUAGGAAAAUCAUGUCUCUUACACCAGUUUACAGAAAAAAAAUUUAUGGCGGAUUGUCCACAUACAAUAGGUGUUGAGUUUGGCACCAGAAUUAUAGAGGUAUCGGGUCAAAAGAUUAAGCUACAGAUAUGGGACACAGCUGGCCAGGAACGGUUCCGGGCAGUAACCAGGAGUUACUACAGAGGAGCUGCAGGGGCUCUCAUGGUCUAUGAUAUUACAAGGAGGAGUACAUAUAAUCAUCUUAGCAGCUGGUUAACAGAUGCACGGAACCUCACAAACCCUAAUACAGUAAUAUUUUUGAUUGGAAACAAGUCUGAUUUAGAAGCACAGCGUGAUGUAACGUAUGAAGAGGCUAAGCAGUUUGCAGAUGAAAAUGGUUUGAUGUUUUUGGAGUGCAGUGCCAAAACUGGUGAUAAUGUAGAAGAUGCUUUCUUAGAUACAGCAAAGAAAAUCUAUCAAAAUAUACAAGAUGGAAGUUUGGACCUCAAUGCAGCGGAGUCGGGGGUACAGCACAAACCAGCAACACCAAGGAAUGCGAUAAAUAACGACCAAGCACCCAACAAGGAGGGCUGCGCCUGUUAGUAGCAUGGAUGCUGUGUGACGUAUGAUGAGAGCUGUACACACUGUACAAGUCUAUAAUUACAAACUAUCCAUUCCAUGGACACAUGCAGGAAGGAGAGUGAAAAGAAGGGAGAUUACUCUUUCACACACGAGUAUUUUUGGGUCAUUUUCCAUCGUUGUUAUUUAUUAAUUUAAAUUGAGAUUGAGUUACCUAGUGGGAAAAAGUAAAACAUGAUUGUAUGCAUUUGUUCAAUACAGUAACUUUAGUAAAACAUCUUGUUGAAGAUUAAGUAUUAAUGUCAAAAUUCAGUCCAAAAGCUGAUAAAAUAUCUCAUCAAACUUUGUCAAAAUUGAACAGAAUGAAUGAGUGUCAUUGUUCUUAAGUGUUACUUCGGUGAUACCUUUUACUUUUUCAGUCUUAACAUAAAAUCUGGUUUUUAUUCAUUGGAUAAAAAAGCAUUUUAUGGCCCCAAAGAACAACGAGGAUUGAGCUGCCUGAAAAGGCACGUGGAUGUGAAAUAGGAUGCUGUGUUUAUUAGUCAGCAUGACUUGUGUAUUUGGCAGUGGUGGACAUACGUGUGAUGAGACUGAAAGAUGAGCUUUGUGAUGUGUGAAUGAAGCUGUUACAUAUGUGAUAUUUUGUCCACAUGAUACAUGUAUAUCCUAAGCGAUAAAACAUUCUUCAAACUUUUUCUGUACUACUUAUGAAACAUACACAUCAUUUUUGCAUGUGCAAUUAUUGAAUGGCAUUGUACAAAAUUGUACAAAAUACCUAUAAAGAUGAACCAAACUUUGUUCACAGUUCCCAGCCGCUGGUCUGGGAUAGGCUAGUUCAUUCAAGCACAACUGUUUUUCUUACUCUUAAAAAAAUGUCAACUACUUGUAAUUUGAAAUGUGUGAUGACAUUCUUCAAUCUUGAAAAUGGUCAUAUGACCUUUGUAAUAUUUAUUGUCUUUUCACAACCGUUUAUAAUAAAAGUACUUAUAUUCCUUGUCCAUCAGAAUGCAUCCAUUAGAUUGGUUGCUGAUAAUCACUCAACUUUGUUGCUGGGCUUUGUCAAUGAACUUGUAAAAUUCAUGUCUAUCAACAUUUUAUUGAUAGACAUUAUGGUAUACACAUAGAGGAAUGUGGUGUUAGAUAUGCUGCACCCAAGAUUCUCAUUUAGGAUCAUGCACUGUUUACAAGGCUGUUGUUGGCCAUUUAUAAAUGAGCGUUUCCAUAAGCACACACUUAGCCACCCUGUUGUAAUACAAAACCAAUUUUAGAAUGUAAAUCAAAGUUACAGUUGAUCAUAUUGUGUAAGGUUACAGUUGCCUGCCAAGUCAUCUUAUUUAAAAGCAAUAUAUACAUGAACAGUGUCAUGAGUUUACUGUGCAGAUUUGAAAGUUUUUCGUUAAACGAAUUGUUGACAGGUUAAUGUAAAAUCAGGAUAUGUGUACAUCUUCUAUUGGAAUAGCCAUCCAUGUUAAUUGUGACAUCAGUGGUACGGCUGACAGUUUUGAUUGGUGAAUUCUAAUACAUGUAUAACCAUAGAAGUUUACAACACAACACUUUUGUGUUGUUUUAACUUACCUCAUGCAAUACAUGUUUAUUGGCCUUUGGCUAAACAGUACUACACAAGUAAUUUAAAAUUUGCAGUUUACAGCACUAAAUAUUUGAUGAGCCUUUUAAAAUCAACAAAUUUGUAUAAUUUCUAUAAUGACUUUUCAAUACUCAUCAUGUGGGAGGAGGCCAUUUUCCAGAGGUGACAUUUUUAAUUCAUGUUAAAAGUGAUAGUUUAUAGUUUAAGAACACACCACCAUUUUUGUAAAAUUAAUGUGCAUGUGUGUCCACCUUCUUCGAUUACCUGUGAAAUAAUUUUGACCUGUAUAUAACUUAUCAACAUUUCACCUGUACUGAUCAGGCCCACAGCUGUGUUGUCGGCUAAACUAAAUAUCAUUCUAAACAGCUAUAGAUUCCUUUAUUUUUGGGGUUAUCUGUCUGUAAAUUAAAUAAUGCUACUAACAGUGAAAUUUUAAUGAAGAAACAUACUUUUAUAAAAGAGGUAUACAUUAUGUCUUAACUGGUGAAAGAUGGAAUAUGGACAGAAACCAAAAUAUUUCAUGGAGAUUAUUUAUACAAAAUAAAAUCUUAUUAAAAUAGUUUUGUGUAUACACGUGAAAUGUGUGUGAUGCUUUGUUAUUGUGAUUUAACUUGGUGUAUAUAGUCUUAACAACUGUUAGUUACUAAAAGUGAUUAAUAAUGUUGUGUACAGAGGACACUACAAAUUGAUUGUAUCAAUCGACUGUGAUGGUUGAUUUCACUGUUUACCUAGUCUUUUUCAAUUUUAGAUAAGAGAAGCAAUGUAAAGAUGUAAUUUCACACAUUUUAUCUUGCACUAAAAAUUGAUGAAAAUUUUCUGACAUAAAAACAGGACUUAUCUAUAAUAUUUUUAAAUCCCUGUACAAGACUUCAUCCUUGCGUAGCAAGUCUUCAUUUACAUUAAUUUGUAUAGUUGUUGUUUUAGUUGUGAUGUAGAUAUAUAGGGUAAUUUAUCUUUACUAGAUGGAUGGAUUUGGUAAAUUGAAAUUCUCUUUAGCAAAAAUAUAGGGUUUCAUUAAUCAGAAAGUGAUCACAGAUAAACUAACAAUGAUUGACAUCAUUAUUUAUAUUAGAGUUGUUUUUACUGUAGCACCCAGUACUUGUCUCAAGUUAAGUUCCAUUUUCAUGGACCAAGAUCCACUUACCUACCUGGUAGUCAUAAAUAUUGGAGGCACAGUGACACCUGGAUCAAUUUUUAUCUCACCUGUGAUGAAAAGUCAUGGAACAUUUCCUGUUUAAAGUUUUGCAUUUUAGAUCUGUUGCUCAAAAUGUUGGUCAACUUCAACCAAAUCACUCCAUUUGAAGAAAAAAAAACAACACUUUUAUAAAUGCAGGAUUCAUGUGAAUUAAAGCUUUGAAUUAAACAAAAUUAUUUAGAUAUUGAAGCUGUGAAACAAAAGAACCAACCUUUAUAGAUACAUAGUGUUACAGUUUUUUGUACAUUUGAUCUUUUGUCAGUUUGAUUCUUCUGUAUUUUAGUUCAAGGUUCCACUGGAAUUAUGUACACAUGUAAAAAAACAUAGAAUAAAAACCUUUGGUAAUUAAACACAAAAUAUAUGUUCUCAAGAAGAAAGAGGCUUGAUCAUAUUAGUUUUAUACCAUGAUAGUAUCUUUAACUUAUGUUUGCAAUUUCACUACCUAAUUAAAUAAUGCAGAAAGCUGUAAUAUUAUCUAUUUAAAAACAAACAAACGAUACCUUAAAUUAGCUGUUCUUUAUUUCCAGUAAUAGCAGCACUAUUAACUAAAAUAGAACAACAUAUGCAAUAUUUAAAUCAGGAACAAAAUAUUACUGGUAAAAUAACAGAAUAAAAGGCAAAUCAUUUCUGAUUAUGAACAUUAUUUCACUGGAAUUAUCUGUCUUUACUAUUAUAUAAAACAUCUGCAGUAGUCACACAUAACUGCUUGUGGUAAUGCAUCAGGUUAGAAAGAAUUCAGGUCGGUUUUGGCAUGACCAAAAUUUCCUGUCGAAUUCAUGUCACUUUCUUGACAUGAAUUUGACAUGAAAUUUUUAUCAUGAAAAGUUAUACUUUGUGGCAUGAAAAAACCUUGCUGAAGACGCAUUUCUUUUCACUUCAGUUUUUUGUUGAAAAUUUGGCACAGGUAAACUUGAUUUUCUCAUCAAUUUUUUAGAUAAAGGAAGAUGAGCUAAAAACUGAAAAGUUUGUAAAUAUAUAAAUAUAUAUACAAUGUGUAUUGUGUUAAUGAAGAAAUGUCUUGUUUUUGUGUGAAAGUAUCUCGUGCAAAUUAUAUAUUACCCUAUAUAUAUAUAUAUAUAUAUCUUUGUAAUGCAUUAUUUAUAUGAUUAUACAAAUUAUGUUUCAUGCUAUUGAUAAUAAAAAGAAAAUCAACUUCUUUUGUUGAUUUUUUAAAAUGAUUAUUUUUUUUGUAGUGUACUGCCUCAUAAUUGUUAAAUUUUCAUUUCAUGUACACAAAUACUGUAAAUGUCUUGAAAUUAAAGUAAUAUCUUCUUCGAUGCAUCAGUACAUUUCACACAGAUGAGUUCACACACAAUAUCAUGGAUAGUAUCAGUCAUUGAAACCCUGUGUUGACAAAAGGUACACCUGCAGUUCUUAAUACAUUAAUGUAUUACCAAAUUGAAAUACUUUUAGGUUUAGAUGCUCAUCAACCCAUAUAUGAGUACAGAAUGGAAUUAUUGUUAGUGUAUCAGUCAACAUGAAUAUCUCAAAAUUGAACUGCUUUCAGUUGGCAUUGAUAUACAUAUGAAUGAAAUUGGGGAAAGGCAAAUGCAUUCAAUCAUAUGGAAUUGGGAAUGCCAAAUGACAGCAGUUCUUUAUAUGUCAAACUUUUUUUUAAGUGUUCAAAAUGUUUUAUUCUCGUGAAUUAUUGCAUUAAUUUAUCAAAUUCACCAUUGAGUACAAACAAGAGAUAUGAGUUGUCAUCCAAAUUGGUAUGGUUAUAUAGUAACAUUAUCAUACAGUGGUAAAUGUAAUGUUUUACUAGAAGUUUUAAAUGUAACCAUCCUUGAGGUUGUUCUCCGACAGAUUGUUAUCCAAAAAGGUGUCCCUUGUCUUAAGUUGAUGAAUCCCAAUGUUGUGUCAUGAAAAAAAAAUAACUGUAAGCAAUUCAAAGAGCAUAAUAUUACUAGACUUGAGAAGAUUAAGUACUUGUCAUUAUCUUAACAUUUUCUCAAAUCAUUCUGGUAUUUAAGUUUAAUUGAAAUUUUGAUUUAUUUUAGUUGUCUCCCUUAAGGCAUUUAGAUCUGCUUCAAAUCAAAUCUGCAUCAAAAUCAGAAGCCUUGGAAACUAUGACACAUAGAACAAAUGUAAUUGGUACCUACCAGAACUCCAUUUUUUUCUGCAGUGAAGUGAAUUUAAAACAUUGUACAGUAGUUAAUAAGUUUUUUUUAUUAAUGCUUGAAGUAAACUCUACUUUGUUGAUGUGUGAUGUCCAUUAUGAAUGAGAAUGAACUGUUUGACUGAUGACUUGUUGGGUGUAUGUGUCCAGAUAUUCCAGAUAUAGCCACUAACAUUUUCAUUUUAUACUGCACAUCUUUACCACAUGUUUUGAUGUGAUGUAUGUCACGAUUAAUUGAUGAAAAUGUUGUGAUAAUUAUAUGUAAAGAUCUGUUUCAUCCAUACACUUUGUAAUGGGAUUAAGUAAAGUCAUUUUCAAAACUAAAACAUAGAAUACAAUAGUAGAUAGACAUCUUGUUGAUAUGUAUAAUUCAUAUCAAGUUACCAAUGUCCUUUCUGCUAUUGAUGAACAGUUCUCACUUUUCAUCAGUCCCCUUGGUAGUCAUUUCAGGGAGUGGAGUUCCAGUUUUCCAACAGGUUUUCUUUCUGGCCGAGUCCAGAAGCAUGAAAGGAAUAGUAUAAAAAAAACACCAUGUAAGUGGUUGAUGGAGUAAUUACAUUUUGUUGUAGUUUCCUCAAAAUGGUGUGUUUUAAUGCUAAAUGACCAAAAUAGAAAAUUUAGAGCGGGAGGAAACAUACUCAUCUCAUAACUAGGUGUUUCUUGUGAUGUAACUUAUGUAGAAAUGGAUAUCACCAAGUAGAAAAGUUUUUAUUAAAUGUAGGUAAAAUAAUCCAAGUUGAAAAUCCUAUGUAAUAUUAAGGAUGAUUAAUUAAAGAGAACAUACCAGGGUAUAGAUUAUAGAUAUGCUGAAAGGUAAAUAUUCCCUUGACAUGGCUAGUGAAAUGAAAAUAUAUGCUCAUUUUGUUUGUUGUGAAUUGUAUACAUGUUUUUUCAUGACUGUAAAAUUGAUAGCUCUUACAUUGGGAAAUUGUGAGACGUUUGACCAAAUUGGGAAAAUAAAUUAUUUGCAAGUAUGCUGUGAUUUAGGCAUAAUGACAUCGCAUAUUAUUAACUUUGUUUAUAAAUCUAGAUCAGCAUGAUAAUUGAUAAUAUGUUUAUUGACUUAUAUUUCACUUAAACAUUAAAAUGAAGAAGGAUUCAUUUACCAAUUUUAAGAUAACUUUAAAAUAACAGUAGUUGAGAAAGAAACCUGCCGAGUGUGCUCUCUCGACGUGUGUAUUACAAGUGUAACCUGUAAACAGCUAUACUCAAAUCUUUGGAAGUCUGUAUUUGACAAUAAUCAGUAUCAAAUUUUAAGUGCUACAUACUCUGUAAACAAUCCAUCACUCAUUUUGAACACAUUGUGAUAUCAGUAUGUAAAUAAAGUAAUAAAUGAGAGGAAAGGA